AUGGUGUCCGGCUGCAGGAUUGGCCCGUCCAUCCUCAACAGCGACCUGGCCAGUUUAGGGGCGGAGUGCCUUCGGAUGCUGGACUCUGGGGCCGAUUAUCUGCACCUGGAUGUAAUGGACGGGCAUUUUGUUCCCAACAUCACCUUUGGUCACCCUGUGGUAGAAAGUCUCCGAAAGCAGCUAGGCCAGGACCCUUUCUUUGACAGGCACAUGAUGGUGUCCAGGCCGGAACAGUGGGUAAAACCAAUGGCUGUAGCAGGAGCCGAUCAAUAUACUUUUCAUCUCGAGGCUACUGAGAAUCCGGGGGCUUUGAUCAAAGACAUUCAGGAGAAUGGAAUGAACGUUGGCCUUGCUAUCAAACCAGGAACUACAGUUGAGUAUUUGGCACCAUGGGCUAAUCAGAUAGACAUGGCCUUGGUUAUGACAGUGGAACCUGGAUUUGAAGGGCAGAAAUUCAUGCAAGGUAUGAUGCCAAAGGUUCACUGGUUGAGGACCCAGUUCCCGUCUUUGGACAUUGAGGUUGAUGGUGGAGUAGGUCCUGACACCACCCAUAAAUGUGCAGAGGCAGGAGCUAACAUGAUUGUAUCUGCCAGUGCCAUUACGAGGAGUGAAGACCCCAGAUCCGUGAUCAACCUGUUAAGAAAUGUUUGCUCAGAAGCUGCUCAGAAACGUUCUCUCGAUCGAUGA